GUUCCGGGGGAAGAAGCUGAUGCCGCAGACCAACGACGAGCGGCUGGACGGCGUGGUGGAGCAGCUGGUGCGGGAUCCUUCGUGAUUCGGCCAUUGCCAUUCUCCACGGAUCUGGCCGUGGCCACAACCGACGCUGCCGGUUCCAUGGAGGAGCUCACCCCGGCCUUCUCCUCGUUUUCCUCCAUGGUCGGGUCUCCUGGUGGAGGUGCCGAUGCUGCCGGUUCCACAACGCAAGAGCCCGUGGCAACGCGGCAAACUGAAGUUGUUCGCCGGCGUCGCACAGGGCGUCUUUGGCGUCGCAGGAAACCCUACCUUGGGGUUGGCACAGGGCAUCUCUGGCGUCGUAGGAAACCCCACCGCGGGGCUGGUGCAGGGAGUGGCCGACCAUCCCACCCUGCUGAAGCCGCAGGGCGUCUCUGCCAAGUCCAUGGUUGGCGAGUCCAAGGCCGUCUCUGUCCAGGCCUCCGUGGUCGAGGCGAACUGCACUAACAUCGAUGUCUGCCCUGAACUGUUUGCAUCUAAAAGCUCUUGUGACGAUGGAAAGUCUACCUCCAAGGGACCAAAAAAGAAAAUCGGUCCUAAAAGAUCUUCGCCUGACACAUGUACUCACGAUGACAGUGAAGUAUAUCAAGCUGGUGCUAAAAGAAGGACUCUUAACCCCUCUAUUCCUCAUAAGGAGAGCUUGGAGUCUGAAGAUUUUUCUGCAAAUCUCAGGUUUUCCCUGCAAAACUGAAGUUCAUGUCUCAUGUUUGGAUUAAUCACGGUGUAGUCUGAUGGUAAUUUGUCUACUUAGUGCAGUUUACGUAUUCUUCCACAACUUCAUUUAAUGCUUUCAGAGUUAAAGUUUUGGGGAUAGUUUGGAUGUUAUACCCAAGGCAUUAUAAUUGCUCUAUAUUAUUCUUAAUUUCAUAUAUCAUCACCUUAGACUACUCGAACUGUCGGCCAUGCUUUGUGAUCAUGUGCGACGAGCAUAUUGUUCGGUGCUGCUAUUUUCCAUUCGCUGCUGGGUUGCUUCUACUCUCCACCAAUCUGUCAAGUAGCAAAGAGUAGGUUUGACCUCAAUUUCGAUGCAGACAUGGAUUGGGAUGUGAUGCAUGUACUUGCUAAUUAAGGGAUUUGGAUCUUGCCCUCAAUUAGAGUUCCCAAUCUCAACGAAGUGGGGUUUACGAAUUUUAUUAUUUUUUAGCUUGAAUGGACUGUAGCUUCGCUUAAUUGACUGACAGUUGUAUUUGACUGCAUAACUGGAUUAAUUGAUUUCAUGGCAGAUGCCGGUUUUGACCUUGGUUGAUCAUGCUUUGUUCCGUGUUUGGCCUGCAACAUAUUUUCUAUGCAUUCGCAGAAAUGGUAACUGAAUAAUUACUUCAUACUGCAGAACAUCUUGCUUAAUACCUGAGUCCCCGGCCCUUGUUGCUACAGGUUUAUCUUGGACAUGAUUCUCAAAGAAGAUACAGAUGUGCAUGCUUCAUAUCUUCUACACGCUUAUGCAAAGCAGGAUUUUAUUCAUAUUUUGAUGAGCUUAAUUUCUUAUGCUAAUGUUUGCUUCCGCCUGAAGGAUAUAUAUAGUAUGUUUUGUGAGCGGUGGGUAUGGAUGAGGUGAGUGCGUCUGUUAGUGCAUCAUUUUUGUUGGAUACUUUAAUCUGUUAAGGUUGGUAUAUAUUGAGUGUUGAUGAUGACAUGUUUAUUUUGAUUGGCGUGGUUGCCUCAAAGUAAUGCCCUGCUACUCCUUGGGGGGCGUGAGUGAAGAUUUAUGCCUUAAGCAUAGGAAUGAGGGAGUAGGUAUCCAACAGAAUAGGCGAUGAUGCUAGGAGAAAAAGAAGACUUUGAUCUGGUUUUUCAAAGAGGGACAUCAAGGAACAAGUACAUGGUGCUACUCGAUGGUCAGCCAGAUUCUGACUAUUAUUUUGGGAUGCCAAAGAGAUAGCACAUGAUGUUCGACCGCUGGGGAAUUGAAGUAUAGUGCUUACCAAUAUACUGGCAUGUAUUUUUUUCUAAAGGAUAUAGUGGUUUCCUUUAGUUGAAAUACAUAAAAUUUUCACCCCCAAUGAUUCAACAAGAGUUGUUCAUUAAAAGUGUGUGGUCUCUUUCUUCAUCAAGAAUUGAAAUAUCUGUGCUAUUAUAACUCCAUGGAGAGCAAUAAUAUAAUUUUCACAAGGGGUGACCUUUAUUGGCUAA